AUGAUAGCAGCUCAACAAGAAGUAACCAUUGAACUCAAAAACAAGCCACCUAAUGAUAGUACUGAGGAAUAUCAAGCAAAUACUACUGAUGGAAGUGGUAGGAAAAUCCAGGUUAAGGCAACUACUGAACCCCAAGGAUCUAACUUCUGCAGGUACACUCAUCAGGAUAAUGAUUCUAAUGGAACAAAGCCAUUCAAACUAAAGGAGAUCCAAGAUGUAAAUAGCUCUAUAGAUAUAAGUCAUGAUAGCGGUCUAGAGGUACUCUCAGUUUCUGCCUAUUACUGGAGGUAUGAUAGUGGUAGUGGCAGGACACCUACUAAGGUCCUCUUGAUAGGAGUUACUACCAGUACUGGAGGAACUACCUAUUAUAAGAAUACUAGUGGUAAUCAAUGGGUUGAACAUCAUCUAUCACAGGGUGGUGAACAACUUGAGAAAGAAUUGGAAACUCUUAACUGUUACAAUAACGAUGCAGUUACUAUGAAUCUCACAGAGUCUCAUUCUAAGAACCAUGCUGGCAAUAAAACUAAGUACUGUUGUGGAGAACAUAAGGAUGACACAGGAAAGGUCACCGUCACUUCCGGAUCAGUUAAAGUUCCUGAUUCUGGUUCCAAAGAUAUUCCCUACUACAAGCAUGAGGUUACCAAUGGAAAAGUAGCGGGAUUUAAAUUCUAUAAAGAUGAUGUCCUGUUGACAUUUACACUUUUUACUGACAAGAAUCCAGUUCUUAUAUAUGUUGAUUCAACUGGGAGCCCUCCAGUUAAGGGUUGGUUUCAAAGAGGUAAUGACAAUGCACAAUGGACAAAGGUUGAACUGAAUGGUAUAACACCGGAAAAUAUCAAUAACUGUACCCAUUGGAAUAAAGUUGUUGGUGAACUAAGAGGACUUGGAUGUAAAGGCUUGCAAGAAUGUCUUGAUCCAGCACAUCUUGGACAGGAUGGAGUUCAACGUGAAGAAGUCCCAGCUGCUGACCUAUCUGACCAGGUUCCUGAUACAGAGUCUGAGACUAAGAUACUCCUACAAGGCACCCCUUUGGCUCAAAUGGCUGAUGGUCCUAGUUUACCUGGUGAACAUGCUAAUAUUGGUGGUGCUACUAGUAAUGGUGUUGUUAAUGAUGAAGCUAAAAUAGUCUCUGAAAUAGGUGAACCUCCUCCUAAAGGAGCUCCUCAAGAAAAAGAUACUGGUAUAGAAGAUAAAUCCAGAGGAGAUGCUGAAAGGGCUGUUCUAGAGUCUAAUAACACCGAUCCCGAAACUAAAAAGGCUCCUGAUGACCCAUCCCUCCAAGCUACUUCUGCUUGUAGAAUUGCUAAUACUAGUGCUUAUAUUAUUGCUUGUGAACAUGAUAGAAUGGCCGCUGCUCUACCUCUUUAUCAAGGUUCUGGUGAAGAACUAAGACAAAAAGGACCUGGACCUGAUGAAGAUGCUGAAAGACAAGACUCUGUUGAUGGUGCUAGUAGUGAUCCUGCUCAACCUCUUACUACUACUGCUAAAGGAGAACCUCUUUCUCCUUCUGAAGGAUCUCCUAAAACUCCUGAACCUCAAGCUUCUACUUUUCCUCCUCCCCCUAGUCUAGGAUCGACCACUUCCUCUCAUACUGCUACGCCUGAAAAGCAAGCUACUAUUUCUAAACCUGUAGAUGCUCUAUCAACUCGUGGUACUAGCCCAUUUCGUAUAUCUGGACGUGGAAGACCAAAUAGUUCAUCAGGAUUAGGAGGGGAAUCCCCGGUUCUACCAAUCACCUUUGGUAGUUCUCCAGCAAUUUUUAAUUGUUAUGAAACAGGUUUUAUCAUAGGUGGUUCUAAUGAGUUUCUUUCUACUAUAGAAGAAAAUAGUCAAAAUAAUGCUCAAGAUGAAUCUGCUAACUCACUUGGCCAAGAUACUAAUACUAAUACUCAAGGUGGUGCUCAAACUCUUUCUCCUCAUACUGAAGCUCGUGGAGACUCUGCUUCUGGUCCACCUAGUAGUCCUGCUCAAACUACUACUACUUCUACCAAUGGUCAAUCUUCUGCUCAACCUGGAGCUCUUUCCCCUGAACCUCCUGCUCCUCUUCCUCCUCAAACUCAAGUUUCUUCUCAAGAAUCUACUGCUCAACGUCGUGAAGAAACUCUUCCUGAAGCUCCUGGUCCUGACUCUUCUUGGAAAGUAAUUUUGGGAGGCUCUGCUUCUGCCACCGUAGUUUCUGGCUCUCUUACUGGAUUUGACCUUGCUAACCCUGAUAAGACGAAUAGACUAGCCCCGAGAAGUGGUCUUGUACUCUCUCCUCAUGGAACCUUCCAUAUUUCCUCCGUUGUAGACGGUGAACAAUCUAUAUGGACCGCUUCUGGAGAUGAGAAGUGCCUACUGGCUGAGUGUUAUGCUAAGGAUGGGCUAGAAGUUCUUUGUCUGGAGACUUUUGACAGUACUGGAGAACUUUCUGCAAGAUACUUUGAGAAGCUAGAUGGACAAUGGAAGGAUAUUACGGAAGACGAUUUUGAUGCUAGGUCUGUGACAAUGAUUGGAGAGUCUGGAAAAGAUGGUCUUACCCUUGAUGUCUCUCAUCCGAAUAGACUACUAUAUAAAUCCUUUGAUCAUAACUUUGACGGCAAUGCAGUUCAACUCAUAGUUCCCAAGAAGGGUGUUACUGUUACGAAGCUAAUGAGUGGCACUGAAGAUAUCUACACUCUUUCCUCUGGACAAACAUUUGACCAUGCCAAGGCAUAUCUUAACCAGUAUAAGCGGCAAGAACUUGUGUUGAUUACUCUCAGAACAUCUUCUAGCAUAUUAGAGAAGGCGUACUCCAAGAAUGGAAGUAAAUGGGAAUCUUGCAAUAAUAGUAACGCCAAGAUGAAGAGCUUAGUUUCUACUGCAAAACGGAAAUCAGGCUUUGAACUUGACAUAUCUCUUGAUAAGGAUAUUAAAGAAUGUAGCAUAUUUGAAGCGGAAUUACUAGGAGUUACUACCAAGCAUUUCUUUCCUAAACCUGGGCAUGAUAUUAUUAAAGUAAAGGAUGGUGAUAAGGAACUAUGGGAGGGUGGAUAUGAUGAUUACUGUCGUUCGUGCCUUAUUUAUAAAAAUGGGAACAUAGAACUACUAGAAAUGGUUGUGGUGGAGAAACCUUCAGGGAGAUGCAAUUUCUUUGAGAGGAAUGUUGGUGGAGGAUGGAAGAGAAUCAAAACGAGUGAGUUUUCAAAGAAACUAAAGGAAAUGAAGAGUGGUGUUACUAAGCAGAUCAUUAAAAUUUGCAAGGACAAGCUUAAGCUCGAUGUAAUAAUAGGAUCGCACUACGGUCAAAUGUUCACCAAGGUUGACGGUGAAUGGAAAAAGGUUGACCGAAAAAACGAUAACUACAGAAGCUACUGGGAUGUUAUAGAUUCUUACGACGAUGUUGAUGAUAUAUGCAAGGAUAAUAGAAACUUUAUGAACGAUGCACCUGCGCAAAAGCUCUCAUGUGAAGAAAUUGUAAAGAUCAAACAGAGCACAAGUACAAACGAGUUAAUUUCGACAAUUUUGGAAAACUCUGAGACUUUCCACUCGAGAACUGCCAUGUCUCAGGAAAAGUAUAUACGCCGGAAGGAGUUUAGACACCUUAAACUCUUUGAGGUUAGACCAUGUGAUCUCGUUUCCGUUUGUGAAAGUUAUUAUGCGGGUUUCCCUCAUAAGAUUGGGUACAUGCGUUUUGAGUCACUCGGAAUGAUGCUUCACAUUGCUAGUGUCAAGUCUGAUGAUAGAGUAAUUGUGUUUGACCAUUCGUUGGGUCUUCUCACCGGUAGUAUCGCACAGAGACUUAAAGGUACUGGUAAAAUUUACCGUCUGGUAACAAAGGGAGUCUCUGACAAGAUUGUUCAUGAAUUGGGGAUUAAUUAUUUUGAGAAUAUCAUCUCUGUGGACUAUGAAGCCGUUUUAAAGUUUUGCAGUGGAGAAGGCACUGCAGUCGAGGAUGCAGCAGACUCAAAUGAUUUGGCUUCUUCUAACGAUGCCUAUGCAAGACAAGCUGAGGAGAACUCUGUAGAACAUCCAGAAGAUAUCCAGGAUGAUGGAAUAGAAGAGUCUAAGAAACGAAAACGUGAGAGUUCCAUCCACGGGAUAUAUCCUCUACACAACGUUUCCGAGGAUGACCUGGCAGGCGUAGACUUGAUCAUUGGAAACGUCUCAUUUAACAAAUGUGGAAAGGUUAAUUCUUCCGUAAAUGACUACACGUCUAGACUCAUUGAAAUCGCAAACAAGUUCCUAAAGCCAGAUGGACGACUCGUUAUAUUUGGCCAACAUUUCCAGCCAAUGACGCAUGGUUACUAUUCGCUGAGCGCGUCGGAGGAGUUUAUAAAUGUGAAAUUAGACGAAACAUUCUUUAGAGAAUAUCAGAUUAAACCAAUGAGAACCCAUCCCACUAUGGACGCCAAAUCCAGACCAUGCUCUGGACUCAUUUUGUCGGCUAUAAAAAUUGCAAAAAUUGAGGAAUAA